GGACGAAAAUGUUAAUAAUUUUAAAAAUGAAAAUCAGCAACAAAAAACAAGUAGUGAAUCUGAAAAAAAACCAAAGAAUAAAUUAAAAAAAGCAAUAGACAAAACCCAUAGUGACUCAAUAAACAAGGCUACAAAAAAAAAAUCAAGUAAUAAAGCAGGUAAAAGCUCAAGUAAUAAAUUAAAAAAAGAAUCAAUUAGUGGUGAAUCGGGUGAACAAUUAAAUGAUUCACUAAUCAAUGAAGAUAGUGAUGUAUCCAACAAACAUAAUAACAAUAAAAAACGAAAAUCAAACAACAGAGUCGGUAAAACGUCAAAUAAUAAAGAAUCAAGUAACGAAUCAGACGAGGAAUUAAAUAAUUCAAAACACAAUGAAUCUAAUAAACUUGGAAAGAGUUUAAAAAAUAAGCAAAAGAAACAGAAAUCAAGUAAUAAAGUCGGCGAAAGCUCAAGUAAUAAAUUAAGAGACGAAUCAAGUGAUAAUGAAUCAGACGAGGAAUUAAAUGAUUCAAUUACCAAUAAAAAUAGUGAUGUAUCCAACCAAAUGAAUAAUAAUUUAAAAAACAACCAUACAAAACAGAAAUCAAAGAACAAAGUCGGUAAAAAUUCAAACAAGAAAUUAAAACAAGAAUCAAGUGGUGAAUCAGAUGUGGAAUUAAAUAAUUCAAUGCAAGAUAAACAAAGCGACGAAUCUAAUAAACAUAAUGAUAAUUUAAAAAAUAAACAUCGGCAUAAAAAAUCAAAUAGUAAAGUAGGCAAAAAAAUAAAAGAAGAAUCAAAUAAUGAGGCAGAUGAGGAACCAAAUGAUUCGAUAAACAAUGAACAUAGCAAUGUAUCUAACAAACAUAAUAACCAUAAAAAACAGAAAUCAAAUAACAAAGUCAGUAAAAAUUCAAAUAAUAAAUUGAAACAAGAAUCGAGCGAUGAAUCAGAUGAGGAAUUAAAUGAUUCAAUACACGAUGAACAUAGCGAUGAAUCUAAUAAUUUAAAAAAUAAACGUCAAAAAUCAAAUAGUAAAGCAAGUAAAAAGUCAAGCAGUAAAUUAAAAGAAGAACCAAGUGACGAAUCAGAUGAGGAUUUAAACGAGUCAAUUGGAUCCAGCAAACAUGCUAACAAUUUAAAAAAUAAUCAUAAAACACAAAAAUCAAAUAAAAAAGUCGUUAAAAAUUCAAAUAAUAAAUUAAAACAAGAAUCAAGUGGUGAAUCAGAUGAGGAUUUAAAUAAUUCAAUGCACGAUGGACAUAGCGAUGAAUCUAAUAAACAUGCUAAUCAUUUUAAAAAUAAACAUCAGCAUCAAAAUUCAAAUAGUCAAGAAGGUAAAAAAUCAAGUCAUAAAUUAAAAGACAGAUCAAGUGGUAAAUCAGACAAGAAUUCAACAAAUUCAACAAACAAGGAAUCGAGCAGUGAAUUGAACAAUUCGCAGAAGAAACCUAGAAAAAAAGUGGAAACUAAAAAGGAUAAGAAAGGUAAGACAUCUAAAAACAAUUCAGGUAAUAAAUCAGAUGAUAAUACAUACGACGCAACAAACAAGGAAUCAACCGAUGAGCCUGCUAUGGACAGUCAUGGCUUCUUAAAUCAAAAAAUAAGACAAAAAUCAAAAACGAGAAUAAAGAAGAGAAAUAAUAAACCAAAACAACAUUCAAGAAAUAAAUCAAAUAAGGAUUUACAAGAAGAUAGUCAAUCAGAUGAUUUAAUAAAAAUCAGUCAACAAAAUUAUUACCUACUCUAAUCGUCAUCUGAAAUACAAGGAUAUAUUGCCUGAUGAAUAAAAAAACAAACCAUUGUGAACCUACGCAUACCUAAGAAAAUAAUAGUCACGAAAGAUAUCGUAGAUCGGGUAAAAAUGAAAAAUCCGGUACAAUUGCACUAUUGUAAUAUAAGAAAUACCGAAAUUUAAUAUUUUAGGUUUAACAAUGUUAUAAAAUAAUUAAAUUAAAUUAAAUUGAA